AUGGCCUACCGGGGCAGCGACUAUGACGAUCGCUAUUACGACGCACCUCCCUCGUCUGCCGGUCGCCGGCGCCCUCAAUCCACCUAUGACGAUGUCCGCAUUCAAGAUCGCGAACGUGAGAGUGACCGCCUAGCCUUCCUCCGCGACGACCCCCGACCUCAAGAGGCAGGGCCACUGGUCCUUCGUCAGCGCGAUGUCGAGACGCGCGAAGUCGCUCGGCCUCGUUUUCGAAGUCCCAGUCCUGUACGCCACGAGCACAUGGUCAUGACGAGGAGAGCCCGCAGCCUUACCCCGCCUCACAUCAACGAAGAGCGCGAACGUGAGCGCAUUCGCAUUAACGAACGCGAGCGCCUGCGAGAGCCUGUACCACCACCUGCUCCCGUCAGGGCUCCCAUGCGAUACGUUGAGAGGUCGCCUUCGCCAGUACGACGUCGCCGGUCUUCCUCCUUCGACCGAGAGCGGGAGCGGGAUCGCAUUCGCAUCAUCCAGAGAGAGAGGGAACGAAUUCCUGAGCGCGUGCCCUCCCCCUCGCCGUCUCCCCCACCUCCCCCUCCACCUGUCAUUCGCGGACCGACCAUUGAGAGAGAAGUCAUUACGCACUAUCGGGACAUUGAUCACGGUGUGACUCGAGUGCCCAGCCCGCCCUCGCCCCCUUUUUCGGGCCCGCGAUCGUGCGUACCUCCGGGCUCAAUUUGCUUGGAGUUCGUGUACCACGUCCCAGAGUAA